UUACUGUACCACACUGUGAUUAAAAAAAUUUGAAGACUUUAUACGAAAAAUCUCGGACAAAAAUAAUAAAGUCAAAUACAUGUACAUAGAAUGAACGAGAUAACGAAUCUAAUUGGUUGCACCAUGUUGUUCCUCCCAUUAGGACACGUUCAUACUUACGUAUACGUAUGAUUUACUUUACAUCAGCGUUCAUAGAUAAUCCUAUGCGGAGCAUAACACGAAAAAUAGUAAAAAGUAAGGCAAUUGUAUUCCGUCGCGAUGAGAGAGAUGACUUCGAAAUAUUCUCGUCCUGCCAAAUGUCGUCGAUGACAGCUGAUGACGCCAAGUGUACGUAUGCUCGGUGCUAUCGCAUCUCUUGAUUUCGUGUAUUUAUGUAUACGAAUAAACUCGGGAAUUGAGAUGCAUACGCGGCGAGUUUUCGACGAAGAGUAAUACUAGUACCUGGUGAAGCGAAUCCUCGCGCAGGGAUGAACGUCGUCCGGAUCAAUUCGAGGAACGUGAUUUUCCUCUUUAUAACGCUUCUGUCAACCUCCGCCGAAAACACGCACUCGGGUCAUGACACCCUGAGCACCUAUGCUGCAAAAGAAGCUAAUGUAAAUACUACACCAGCUUACAGCAGUAAAAAGGAGGAAAUUACUGGUAUGUGUGGUCCAAGUGGAAUAUCUUGUACUGAAUUGAGCGGAGAAUGUCUGAAGUGCAAUUUAAAUUACAGUUGUGUGUAUGGUGCUAUCUAUUUUGUACAAUGUUCUGUUAUGGAACAUGUUGAUUGCAUAGGCCGUAGGUCUUUUGAAAAGACAUACAUAUGUCGUUAUUGUUAUCAAACUGAUCACUGGGAACAUCAGUGCCAUCAAAAAAAUUCUUGCAGUUCAGUAGCAUCUCCACAGCAGUAUUAUAGAACAAAUUGUACAGUAAAUAAUGACAUACUAUGUCUGGGCAGACGAAAGUUUAUGAAAAACUUGCCUUGCAACUGGACAGUUGGAUAUCGAUGGUCUACAGCUCUGAUAUUGAGUAUUACUCUUGGAGGAUUUGGUGCUGAUAGAUUUUAUUUGGGACACUGGCAAGAAGGCAUUGGCAAGCUUUUCAGCUUUGGUGGACUAGGUGUAUGGACCUUAAUCGAUGUAAUAUUAAUUUCUAUGAGAUAUUUAGGUCCUGCUGAUGGUUCUUUGUACAUUUAAAUUGUUUAUGGAUGUUGUUAAUUAAUAAAGAAAGUUUACUUUUAA